UGUAAGCGGAAGGAAAGAGACGGUAAGAUGGCCAGCGCAGAUGCUACGACGCAUUUGAGGAUCUAGCAGCUCGAUUGGGACACACACGAAGGAAUUCCACACAGAUUAACACGAUUCAGUUCUUCUGUUUGGUGAGGAAGACCGCUUACUGGCAGCGUCGCCGCCUGUUUAUCGAUCAUUAAAGCCAUGAAUAAUAAUAAUAACAUGGCUGCAGCCGUGGCUGAGGUGCGGGGUCUGCAUGCUGAAGAGGAUGAAGCCAGGAUCCUACGGGUAAAAGUCAUCGCUGGAAUUGGGCUGGCCAAGAAGGAUAUCCUGGGUGCCAGUGACCCAUAUACAAGGCUGUCUCUCUAUGAUCCUGUCAACGGAGAACUGACCAGCCUGCAAACAAAAACCAUCAAAAAGACUUUGGAUCCGAAGUGGAACGAGGAGUUCUUUUUCAGAGUUCAUCCGAGGAAGCAUCGCCUGCUUUUAGAAGUUUUUGACGAGAAUCGUUUGGUGAACAGCGGCGGGGGGAGCAAGAAGAGCACCCUGCAGAUUUCCUUGCAACCUGGUAGCAAGCAAAAUGGGGACAUUGAGAGCAAUGGUAGUGGUGGGGAUGAAAUGGACCCUGUGGCUUGCGAUGGUGGUGCCGGAGCAAGCUCUGAUGGCGGGUCGUGCAGUAGCAGCACAGCUAGCGAUGUUGGCUACUGCAGCAGCAGCAGCAUAUUUGAGUCGGAUGUCUUGGAACGGAAGGCGGCCCACGACAGGGGCGUGUGCCGGCGUAAAGCAAGAGUUCCGUUACGCCGCUGCUCCUCGUUGGUCAUUUUCCCAAGGAGUCCUUGCACCACUCCACCAGCCUCGCCCGUCAGUCCUAUGGCAUCUCCUCUGAUUCCUCCUCUUCCUCCAUCUGCCCGAGGGUCCUUUCAGACCUCACACCAGCUGCAGCUGUCCGCAGCUGAUGCAUCACAAGAUGAGGCGCAGCCCAAGGUCUCCGUGGCCUCGGCGGUGAAUGGCCUGCGGCUGUCCAAAAGCAGCUGUCCUCCUGCAGAGUUCAGGGACGCCAAGCCCAUCUUGCAUUUUAGCGUUCCGGCAGAACCUUCGACAAGUUCGGAGCCGUCCGAAAGGCACUCCAGCGUACUGCUCCACUAUGCUAACCAGCCGCCUCUUCCUCCAGGGAAAGGAAACAGAACAGUGGUCAACGUUGACUGCUCCAAACCACCAGAACAGUCAGAGGAAGCCAACGUCAAACCUGCGAACCGUAAUCCAAAGCUGUACCGUAGCACCUCAGCUUGUGGGCUGCCCAGAGGGAAGAUAUCAACAGAAAAGAGACACCACACUUGUCCAACCAUUGGCAAAUCAGCAGUGCUGCAAGAUUUCCACCGUGGCUUGCAGAGGAGCAUUUCCCUGGAGGUGCCCUGCUUGAACGCUGGGAUAUCAUGCCAUAUGUCUAACACGAAACAGCUUGGCUCUAUGAAUGGAAUGGCGCAUGUGCAUAUACACGUGUCUCGAGGCAGUAGUGCAAAAGUGCCCGACUCUCCAAAGGAUGCCUGGACAAUUGACAAAAGGGACCAGACUCUCACUUUCUCGGGGGAAACCACCACAACACGAGAUGACUUCCUGGGGCAAGUGGAUGUUCCUUUGCACCAAAUACCAACAGAAGCGCCGGGCAGUGAGAGGCCCUACACAUUCAAGGAUUUUCUUCUGCAUCCGAGAAGCCACAAGUCGAGGGUCAAAGGUCACCUGCGGCUGAAAAUGACCUACCUGCCCAAGAACGGCUCGGAGGAGGAGCAGGCCGAGCAGACCGAGGAACUGGAUCCCAGCUGGGAGUUCCUGGAGAGUCAGGAGAUGUGCGGCCCGCGCCACCCUCACCAGCUGCCUGCCCUGCCCCCUGGCUGGGAGGAGAGGCAGGACAACCUGGGACGCACCUACUACGUCAACCACGAGAACCGGACCACACAGUGGCACAGACCCACUAUGCAGGACGCACAGAGAGAGUCAGAGCAGAGGCAGAGCACUCACACCCAGCACCCAUUUAUCACACGAAGACAGAUCUCUGAACAUGAGGAGAGCAAUGACCGCAGAGAGUCGCCUGAGAGCUGGGAGAUUAUCACUGAGGAUGAUGGAACUCUGUACAGUAGUCAGAGCCAGAUUUCCCCUCCUCCUCCCCACUCCCCACUGGAAUACACUUCUUUCUGUGAGGAGUUCUGCAGACUGCAGACCGGCAAUGAGAGACGCACUUCACUCACGCCGCAGGGUCAUGGCAGUCGGAGAGGGAGUGCCCAGAUGCUGACCGUAGAGGAGCACCCAGUCCAUCCUGUGAUGCUGCCCACUACCCCAGGUCUGCCCCCUGGCUGGGAAGAGAAGCAGGACAGUAAAGGCAGAAUUUAUUACAUCAACCACAACAGCAGAACCACCACUUGGACCCGGCCUCUCGUCCAGUUGAUUCAGCCGUCUGAGGCAGGUGCGACGGGGGCAGGAGGUGCUACAGGAUACCGCUGUCAGAGCCCCACGAUCUACGCCCCGCCUCUACUUUCGUCUGACGCCUCGCCCCUGCACUCACCCGCCCCCCUACACUCUCCCGGAGCCCACCAUUCACCUGGUCCACACCAUUCACCUGGCCCACAGCAUUCGCCCGGCCCACAGCACUCGCCCGGUCCGCAUGCUCACACACACACCUUCGAGUAUGCCGGCUGCAUGCCCGCAGGCUGGGAGGUGCGGAGUGCGCCAAACGGACGCCCAUUCUUCAUAGACCACAACACCAAGACCACCACAUGGGAAGACCCCCGGCUGAAGAUUCCAGCUCAUAUGAGGAGACGGCCCUCACUAGACCCCAAUGACCUUGGCCCACUUCCGCCUGGCUGGGAGGAGAGAAUUCACAGUGAUGGAAGAAUCUUCUACAUCGACCACAACACCAAGACCACACAGUGGGAAGACCCCAGACUCCAGAACUCUGCCAUUACUGGACCAGCUGUGCCUUACUCCAGAGACUACAAGCAGAAGUAUGAGUAUUUCCGCAAGAAGCUCAAGAAACCAGCGGACAUCCCCAAUCGUUUCGAGAUGUCAGUUAGGCGGAACGCUUUGCUAGAGGAUUCGUACCGCUGCAUUCUGUCCAUAAAGCGGACUGACCUACUGAAGGCCCGCCUUUGGAUUGAGUUUGCAGGAGAGAAGGGGCUGGACUAUGGAGGCGUGGCCCGAGAGUGGUUCUUCCUCAUCUCCAAAGAGAUGUUCAACCCAUAUUAUGGGCUGUUUGAGUACUCUGCCACGGAUAACUACACACUACAGAUCAACCCCAACUCAGGCCUCUGCAACGAGGAUCAUCUCUCUUACUUCAAAUUCAUCGGGCGUGUCGCAGGGAUGGCUGUCUACCAUGGGAAGCUCCUGGAUGCAUUCUUCAUUCGUCCAUUCUACAAGAUGAUGCUACAGAAGCCAAUCACAUUACAGGAUAUGGAAUCUGUGGACAGCGAAUACUUUAACUCUCUGAAAUGGAUCCUGGAGAAUGACCCUGCUGAUCUGGACCUCCGGUUCACCAUCGAUGAAGAGCUCUUUGGACAGACGCACCAGCAUGAGCUGAAGCCAGGGGGCGCUGACAUCAUCGUCAAUGACAGCAACAAGAAGGAAUACAUCCACCUUGUGAUGCAGUGGAGAUUCGUAAACCGGAUUCAGAGGCAAAUGACUGCCUUCAAGGAGGGCUUUUAUGAACUCAUCCCACAGGAUCUGAUCAAGAUAUUUGAUGAGAAUGAGCUGGAGUUGCUGAUGUGUGGUUUGGGAGAUGUGGAUGUUAAUGACUGGAGAGAGAACACCAAGUAUAAAAAUGGAUAUGGGCCCAACCAACCAGUCAUCCAGUGGUUCUGGAAGACUGUUCUGCUGAUGGAUGCCGAGAAGCGGAUUCGCUUGCUCCAGUUUGUGACGGGCACCUCCCGCGUGCCAAUGAACGGCUUUGCCGAGCUCUAUGGUUCGAACGGGCCGCAGUUAUUCACUAUAGAGCAGUGGGGCACCCGGGACAAACUGCCCCGAGCGCACACAUGCUUUAACCGCCUGGAUCUGCCUCCAUACGAGUCGUUUGAGGAGCUUCGAGAAAAGCUGAAUAUCGCGAUAGAGAACGCGCAGGGCUUCGACGGGGUCGACUAGGAGAGGACCUGUCUGGCUGCAGCCACAGUGCUACCAUGGAGACAGGAUCCCAGCUGACUGGGCGUGAGAGUUAAACGGGUGUAGCGGGCGGCUCGAGCGAUCGGGUGUUCUGCUGUGAACGUUGCAGUGGAACGCUGCUCUGAGUUUAAGCAUUCAGUGUCUGAAGAAGCCUGAAUUUUCUCCUGUCGAGGGAAAACCCUGAAUGAUAUUACUACUUAAGGCUCUGUAUCAUGAGCUUAUAUCUACGAAGUUUACAGAAAAUGAAGUUUUUCUAUCGUACAUCCAAGUCCAAAUAACUAUGUAUGUAUGAACACAAAAGGUUCUAACGUAUGUAUUUCGGCACAAAGAAUUAUAUCUUGCACAUUUGUAUACGUUUGUAAGCUUGUAAGCUUUUUGAUGUAUGUUCUAUAUACAGAUGAUGAUGUGAGAAGGGUGCACUGUCUGCAGAAUAUCUUCAGUGAUUUUUACACUUCAGCAGCCUGUAAAACAUGCUCUAUCGUUUUCAGUUGUUCUAUGGAUUCGGGGCUUUACAAAAAAUUUGCAAGUCAUGAUAUCGCUGUUGAUAUUGAGAAUAUCUUUUGGCAGUGUUUUAAUUGAAGUGUUCACCUGUGUUGCCUCCAUCUCAGGUUUUGGUGGCAGUAUUCACUUAAGACACUCGUGUGUCCUUUUUUUCUCUUGUUCUUGGUAAUUUAUUCUUUAUACUCGCGUUAAAAUUGCGUUUACAUUAACUUUGUUUACCGGUGGCCCACUUUAGAAAACUCUAGAUCUAAAGUCUAAACUUUUCUCUUAAUAUCUGAUUUUAAUUUUGUACUUUUUGAGGGUCUUUCCUUCUUUUUUUCUUUUAAAGAACUUCUUUUAAGUCUUAACUGUUGAUUUUUGCCAGUGAUUCAAUCAUUCGAUCUUUGUGUUUGAUUUUGGGAGUAAUCCUCUGCUUCACCUGUUUAUCAAACGUGGGUAAAUGUUUACAUGAAAACAUUGCUGAACGUAUGCACAUUUCUUUCUUUCUCUCUCUCUCUAUCUCUAUCUCUCUCUCUCCCUCUCUCUAGCUCUCUCUAGCUCUUCUACUUUAUAUGACUGUUAAAUUUCAAUGCCUUCAUCUUGUCGUCUUGUAUAAGCGAUCAAAUGUUUAAAUCUUUAAGUGAAUCCUUAUGCUUUUCUUAAAAGUCUAGACUCUAGAGUUUAUUGUAUAUUUAGAAGCUAUAACAGAAUAGUCUACCCUUUAUCCUGAGGAUCAAACUGUUUUGGCGCUCCUUAAAAGUAACUCAUUUUUUUUUUAAAUUGAUUAAUUUAAAGAGAAAACAUGCCUUUAAUCUGGAAUAUAAAUCAUAAUGGUUUAAUCGGGUCACAUGCCAGUGUUUAUGGCAACAUAUUUUGGGGAAGAAAUAAAAAUAAAUAAAUGGAAAUGUCUCUUC